CCGACGGUGCCUGACUCUGAAGGGAAUAUUCACGAACUUUCUGCUGCCCUUGUGACCUUCCCGAGUGCUUGCGUAGCACCUGCUCUCCUGAAUGAAGCCCCAGUGCAGUGGGUCCUGCUCGCCUACUUAUCCUGGCUUCACAGCCCCAAAGUCCAGCAGGUUCUGGUACAGAAAUGAAAAGAAAUGCUGAGAAAUAAAACUUUUCUCUUCUAAUUUGGAUAUUUAUCAUGGGUAUCAGGAAGUCUAAAAUAGAUCCCUGCUCUCUUUCUCUCUCUUUGGGAAAAAGCCACAGUAUGGCUACAAGUCAGAGACAUCAUGAAUCGAAUUCCAAGAAAUCUGACAUCUCCCUGCAUGAUGUUGCUGAUCACAGCUGCACAACAAAGAUGCCAACAGGAGAGCUGGCGGGAGCUGCGGGCGUGGAUGGGAUGUCUGAAGAGGAAGCAGAAGAAGAGGUGUUCUUCAAAUUUGUGAUAUUGCAUGCAGAGGAUGACACAGAUGAAGCUCUUAGAGUCCAGGAUCUGCUCCAAAAUGACUUUGGCAUCAAACCUGGAAUCAUCUUUGCUGAGAUGCCAUGUGGCAGACAGCAUUUACAGAAUUUAGAUGAUGCUGUAAAUGGGUCUGCGUGGACCAUCUUAUUGUUGACUGAAAACUUUUUAAGAGAUACCUGGUGCAGGUUCCAGUUCUAUACGUCCCUAAUGAACUCCGUGAACAGGCAGCACAAAUACAACUCCGUUAUACCCAUGCGGCCCCUGAACAAUCCCCUGACCCGGGAAAGGACUCCCUUUGCUCUGCGAACCAUCAAUGCCCUGGAGGAAGAAAGUCGUGGCUUUCAUACACAAGUGGAAAGAAUUUUUCAGGAGUCUGUGUAUAAGACACAGCAAACUAUAUGGAAAGAGACAAGAAAAAUGGCACAAAGGGAAUUUAUUGCCUGAGGUGGACCACAGAACACGUGGCUGGCUAUCGACUUAUAAAACAAAAGAUUUAUCUUCGCUUGAGAAAGUAAAUCCAGGAAAAGUUUAAAUAAAAGAGAUCCUAUUCUUAUAGGAACCUAGAGAGCACAAGGGAGAUAAAUUUCUGCCAGACAAUCAAAGAACUGUGGUACUUUUUGAAUUUUCAGUAAACUCGAGAAAGUUUCAAGAA